CCCGGAUGGCUUCGAGGGCGGCCUGUGAGUGCUGAGCUCCGGGCGGCCGGCUUCCGCGCGCCUGCUGGUCGCCUCAUGCUGCGGGCCGUGGCCGCCGGCCCCCGCUCGGAUCCGCGGCGCUGAGACGCCGGGGCAGCGCGCGAAAUGUCGUCGGGCCUCCGCGCCGCCGACUUUCCCCGCUGGAAGCGCCACAUCGCGGAGGAGCUGAGGCGGCGGGACCGGCUGCAGAGACAGACGUUCGAAGAGAUCAUCCUGCAGUACAACAAGUUGCUGGAGAAGUCAGACCUCCACUCAGUGCUGGCCCAUAAGCUGCAAGCUGAGAAGCAUGACCUGCCACACAGGCACGAGAGCAGUCCUGGGCAUGAUGGGACGUGGAAUGACAGUCAGCUGCAAGAAAUGGCCCAGCUGAGGAUUCGACAUCAAGAAGAAUUGACUGAGUUACAUAAGAAACGUGGGGAGCUAGCCCAGCUGGUGAUUGACCUGAACAACCAAAUGCAGCAGAAGGACAGGGAGAUGCAGGUGAACGAAGCAAAGAUCGCGGAGUGCUUGCAGACCAUUGCCAGCCUGGAGUCCGAGCGCCUGGAGCUGCGCAGCAAGCUCCAGGACCUUGAGAGGGCCAACCAGACCCUGAAGGAUGAGUACGACGCGCUGCAGAUCACGUUUACGGCCCUGGAGGAGAAGCUGAGGAAAACGACCGAAGAGAACCAGGAGCUCGUCACGCGGUGGAUGGCCGAGAAAGCCCAGGAGGCCAAUCGCCUGAAUGCGGAGAAUGAGAAGGACUCCAGGCGGCGGCAAGCCCGGCUGCAGAAGGAGCUUGCAGAGGCCGCCAAGGAGCCUCUCCCCGUCGAGCAGGACGAUGACAUCGAAGUCAUUGUGGAUGAAACCUCGGAUCACCCUGAGGAGACCUCCCCUGUGCGAGCCAUCAGCCGAGCGGCCACUAAGCGACUCUCGCAGCCUGCUGGAGGCCUUCUGGAUUCUAUCACUAAUAUCUUUGGUCUGUCCGAGUCUCCCCUUUUGGGACAUCACUCUUCUGAUGCUGCCAGGAGGCGCUCUGUCUCUUCCUUCCCAGUGCCCCCGGACAAUGUGGACACUCACCCUGGUUCUAGUAAAGAAGUGCGGGUGCCAACAACCGCGGUGUUUGUCUUUGACGCGCAUGACGGGGAAGUCAACGCGGUGCAGUUCGGCCCCGGCUCCCGGCUCCUGGCCACUGGGGGCAUGGAUCGCAGGGUGAAGCUCUGGGAGGUGUUCGGAGAGAAAUGUGAGUUCAAGGGGUCCCUGUCCGGCAGUAACGCGGGAAUUACAAGCAUCGAGUUUGACAGCGCUGGAUCUUACCUCUUAGCGGCUUCAAAUGACUUCGCAAGCCGAAUCUGGACGGUGGAUGAUUAUCGGUUACGGCACACGCUCACGGGGCACAGUGGCAAGGUGCUCUCGGCCAAGUUCCUGCUGGACAACGCGCGUAUUGUCUCUGGAAGCCAUGACCGGACCCUCAAACUCUGGGAUCUCCGCAGCAAAGUCUGCAUAAAGACGGUGUUCGCAGGAUCCAGCUGCAACGAUAUUGUCUGCACCGAGCAGUGUGUAAUGAGCGGACAUUUUGACAAGAAGAUUCGUUUCUGGGACAUCCGGUCAGAGAGUAUAGUCCGAGAGAUGGAGUUGCUAGGAAAGGUCACUGCUCUGGACUUGAACCCGGAAAGGACUGAGCUGCUCACCUGCUCCCGUGACGACCUGCUCAAGAUCAUUGAUCUGCGAGUAAACGCUGUCAGGCAGACGUUCAGCGCGCCCGGGUUCAAGUGCGGCUCAGACUGGACGCGAGUGGUGUUCAGCCCCGACGGCAGUUACGUGGCAGCAGGCUCGGCUGAGGGUGCGCUCUACGUCUGGAGCGUGCUCUCUGGGAAGGUGGAGAAGGUCCUGUCAAAGCAUCACAGCUCCUCGAUCAAUGCGGUGGCGUGGUCCCCCUCCGGCUCGCACGUGGUCAGUGUGGACAAGGGAAGCAAAGCCGUGCUGUGGUCGGACUACUGACAGCGCCUGCCUGGGAGAGGCGCCAGCCGUGCCGUGCCGCGCCGCGCCACGCCACGUGGGCUCCGGGGCGCCGUCAGGCAGCUGGUGUGAGCCUGGCUUAACCUUCCAGAGGAGACGCUGGCCUGGGCCCAGCAGCCUGCCUCCAGUUGGAUUUCUGAGGAUUUUGACUGACAUCCCACGGCCUCAGAAAGUGACACUGAAGAGAAUCUGCCUCCGGCAGAGAACAGGUUCUCAGCUCACGGGACUCAGGUGGGAAACACUACUGGCCCUGGUCUCCAUACCUCGGGGCGCGGGCUCCGCCGCGCCUCACCGGCGGCAGUGCCAACGGCCCACACCUGGGCUUCAGUCCUCCCCUGCGCUUCCUCUGACCCCUUCCUAGCAGCCUAGCCCUGGCGUGUCCUGCUCCUGGGCUCCUUCCCUGGGGAACCCGCCGUCACUGGAUGGACAGAACCAGAACACAGGGGCCCCCCUGAUUCUAGGCCACCCAGGGCUCAGUCCCCUGCUGGCUCCAUCCUUGGCCCGGCUCCGGGUAUCUGGUCACUGCGGACACCACUCGGCCUCCCGCCGUGCUUGGGAGGCAGCCGUUGGCUGGCAUUCCUGCUCCUUUCCCCAACGAUUCUGCACAUGUAUGAAGAAGAUCUCAAUUCGAUAUUUUAAAAAGAUUCGUUUUUCAAGGUAGGAAAAGUGCAAAAGCCUGGUAGAGUGGCAGGACCAGAGAAGCUGUCCCCCACCCCCUUACACCAGGUGGGUUCCUGCCACCGCUCUCCAGAUAAGUGGCCACAGGGCAGUGACGAGGGCCGGGCCAGGCCUGGCCCGGCCGCUCACCCUGGGCCGGGCUGCAGUCCCGCCCCCAGGCCUGCUUGGUGCCCCGCGGUGCUCUAGUCCCAGAAGCCCACUCGUCUGGGAAGCCUGAGGGCAUCUUUCGACUUCAGGGCUUGUGGUCAAGGCCAGGAAAAUGGCCUGUGGCUUUUUUUUUUUUUAACAUUUAUCUUUACCGUUAUACCUGUGUUUCAAUUUUUAUUUCUUUGAGUGACUGAGACACCAAUAUUUCUAUCACUUUGAUUUGCACUUUAUUUUCCCCUCCUAACUUUGUGGUGGGCGUAGUGGGUGUGCAUGCAGGCAGCAGGCAAGGAGGGCUGUUCCUGAGGGGCGCGUCUCCCCGCCGCCCUCCAGCCUGCCCGCCCGCCCACCCGCCUUCCUGGGGCAAGGUAAGGGUCAGAGGAAGGCGGAAGCACCGGCCGGGCACGUCUUUUAUUUAUUUAAUUAAUGUUGCCCAACUUGAUUGUAAAUAAAGAGA